CGGCUGGCUGCCGGCUUCCGCCCUGCUUCCUAGUGCGGCUACUAUUCCGCCCAGCCGUCUAGACUAGACCACGACAGCGCCCGCUGCCGCCGCUACUCCUCCCUCGCCUGCAGUGCAGGGCACAGGAGCAAUAGCCAUGCCUUCUUCCCGCAUUCUCCAGGCACUGCCACCACCAACUGCACCUCCUCCUCCCCCUUCUUCUUCCAAGAGCCACCGCCACGUCCUCCUCGCCGCCGCAACCGCCGCCGCCGCCACGUCGGGGAUGCUCCUGCUCUUGCUCAUCCUCCUCCACGCGCUCCGCCGCCGCCGCCGCCGAAACCCCACGCUCCCCUUCUCCCCUCCUCCUCAGGCGACGCCCGCGCGCCCGCUGCGCCGCUACUCCCGCCGUGCGCUCCGCCGAGCCACGGGCGGGUUCCACGCGUCCCGCCUCCUGGGCCGCGGCGCCGCCUCGCCCGUCUACCUCGCCACCUUCCCCGACGCCUCGCUCGCCGCCGUCAAGACCUGCUCCUCCCCUCACGAGCUCCACCUCCUCGCUUCCCUCCCCGCCGACUCCCCGCGCAGUAUCGUCUCCCUCCUCGGCUACUCCUCCUCCAGCCCCCGCGCCGGCGCCGAUGGCCAGCCUUCGCUGCUCCUCGUCUUCGAGUACCUCCCGCAGGGCUCCCUCCAGGGCGCGCUCUUCGGCGACGGCGGCGCCCAGGGCGGGGGAUUCCUCCUCGACUGGCCGCGGCGGCUCACCGUCGUGCGUGACGUGGCGCGCGCGCUGGCGUUCCUCCACGCCGAGUGCCAGCCGCCGGUGGUCCAUGGCGACCUCAAGCCCAGCAACGUGCUCCUUGACGCCGACUUCCGCGCCAAGCUCGCCGACUUCGGGCUCGCGCGGUUCAAGACUCUGGAUCAGGAGGACGCCAUUGGUGGAGCCGCCUUGACCUCUGGCCCUGCCGCGGACGACUUCAUGAGCCAGGAGCUCGGCGAGGCCGGCGAUUUGUCCGCUACCGCUGCUUCCGCGGCCAUGAAAGCCGACGCGAAAGAGGAGUAUUCGUCGUGUCCGGCGGCUAGAGGAGCGUGGGGGAAGGAGUGGUGGUGGAAGCAGGACGGCAGCGGCGAGCUCGACUCGCGGGACUACGUGGCCGAGUGGAUCGGCAGCCAAAUCUGCCCUGAGAGGAACCCCGAUUGGGCCGACGACAUUCACGACGACCACAAGAACUCGCCCUCCGCCACGGACGAGAACGCCGCGUCAGCAGCCUCGCCGGAUGAGGACAAGAAGAACGCCAUCGACAGCGGCGCGAGUAAAGGCGGCGAGAAGAAGGAGGCGAACCAGAUGCGGGAGUGGUGGAAGGAGGAGUUCUUCGAGGAGAUGAGCAAGAAGGGCGGCGGCGGCAGCUUCGACAAGCGCCGCGGCAGCGCCAAGCCAUGGCUGCGGUCCAUCAGCAUGAACACCGGCAGCAAGAGCAACCACCGCAAUGCCGACGGGCCGCAGCAUGACGUCGAGCCGGACGUGAGCAGCUUCCGGAGGAACCGCAAGAGCAGAAGGAGCCGGCGGCGCGGCCAGUCCGCGGGCGGCAGCGACAUGAACAGCGGCGACCUGUUCAGCCGGGAUCUGAGCACGACCACGAGCAUGCGCGGCACCGUGUGCUACGUCGCGCCGGAGUGCGGCGGCGGCGACGGCGGCGACCUGCAGCUCGAGAAGGCCGACGUGUACAGCUUCGGCGUGCUCGUGCUGGUCAUCCUCUCCGGCCGCCGGCCGCUCCACAUCCUCGCGUCGCCGAUGAAGCUCGAGAAGGCCAACCUGGUGAGCUGGUGCCGGCAGCUCGCGCGCGCAGGCAACGUGCUCGAGCUAAUGGACGAGAGGCUGGACGGCGCCUACGACAAGGACCAGGCCACGCUCUGCGUGCAGCUCGCGCUGCUCUGCCUGCAGCGCCUGCCGGAGCACCGCCCGGACGCCACGGACAUUGUCAAGAUCCUCGCCGGCGAGAUGGAGCUGCCGCCCGUGCCGGUCGAGUUCUCGCCGUCCCCGCGCGUCCGCCCGUUCCCGCGCUCGUCCCGCCGGGCGCAGACGGAUGCUGCCACUGAUCACUGACGCCUAGCAUUUGAUCCUCGCAAGCUUGCAGUCUGGACAUCAAUGUCGCCUAAUUAUUAACAAGGAAUUCUUUCGAUUCUAACAAUUUGAUCUUGCUUCUUGCAAGUUGCAGCAAGAAAUUGUAAAGAUUUUGCUGGCGUUUUCUCUCUUCGUUUCUAAGACAUGUAACAAAAAUGUACCACUGGUGAUUUGUUGUUUCUGUGCAUACGAUGCCUUUCACCUGAUUUAGCUAAGGAAUUUGUUGCCUAUA